AUGGAUACUGGAAACAUUGAUCAAUUUAUGGCCAUAACUGGCUCGGAUAAUACUGAUGUGGCAAAUCAGUAUAUAGAGAUGGCUGGUGGGAACUUGGAGACUGCCUUAUCGCUGUAUUUCGAACAUGGUGGUAAUCCAAUAACCUCUACAGGUGGUGGACCAGAUGGUGGUAGUGCUGGUAAUGGUGGCGAUAACAACAAUGCUAUUGGUGCAGGUGAAUCGGAUGCUGAUAUUGCUAAACGUUUACAAGAAGAAAUGUAUAAAGAACCACAACCAGGUGAUCCAGGGUAUGUGCGACCACCAGAUCAAGCCAGACAUGAAACCUUGGCUGAAACUCAUGUUUUCCCAGGAACUUUUGCUGGCUAUGGCGGUGUUUAUGAACCUUUACGUCAAACUAAUGUUAAUGAUAUCUUUGAUAGAACUCGUCCUGUUGGGGUGUUUAACCAACGUUUCGAGUCUUUAGAUUCUGAUGUGGAUUCUGAUGAAAACGAAAGAGAUUCCGAUAUAUCUGAUGAGGAUGAGGACGAUGAUCGUUAUGAAUAUGUAGAACAGCCAGUAGUAGAGCUCGACGAUAAUGGCAAUGUGAGAGAAUCCAAAAAAAUGGUUAGAAGGUUGAAAAAUGUAUCAAAACAAGAGAUGCUAGCGAUGAUGUUUAAACCUCCAUUUGACAUGAUAUCAAAAUUGAGUUUGGAAAGAGCCAAGUCGAAAGCAACUGAACGUAAAAAAUGGGUGAUGAUAAAUAUCCAAGAUGUGGGCAUUUUCCAAUGUCAAGAAUUAAAUAGAGAUCUAUGGUCAUCGAAGGAAGUAAAGAAGUUGGUUAGAAAGAAUUUUAUUUUCUUACAAUAUCAAUAUGAAUCACCAAGUGCACAACAAUAUAUACAAUAUUACGGUUUAAGUGAUAAAGAAAUUUUACCUCAUAUCGCAAUAUUAGACCCAAUGACCGGAGAACGUUUAAGACAAUGGAAUAAAACAGUGCCAAAAAAGGAAACAUUUUUAAGGGAAGUUGAAGAAUUCUUGAAUGAUUUUUCACUAGAUCCAAACACAGCGAAUCCAAUCGUUCGUGAACCUACGCCUGAAAUUGAUCCAACAACAUUAACAGAGGAACAGCAAAUGGAUUUUGCCAUAAGACAAUCCAUGGGACUACCAACUGCUAGAGAAGAAACUGAACCUAUAUCUGAAGAGCCUGAAAUCGAUCCUUUCGAAUCCAUUGAACCGGUUAUGCAUGAUGAACCACCAAAUAGACCCGGCAUUACAACAAGAAUCCAAAUUCGUACCGGUGAUGGUAGAAGAAUAGUAAGGAGAUUCAAUGCCAUGGAUGAUACAGUAAGAACAAUAUAUGAAUUUGUUAAAUCUGAAAUCGAAGGAUUCGAUACUUGCAAAUUCAACUUAACUAACCAUCAAAGAGAAGACUUAUUAGACAAAUUGGACUUAUCUAUUGAAGAUGCAGGAUUAAAGAACAGUUCAUUACUUCUGUCAAAGGAAGAUGAUGAUGAUGAUUAG